GAAGAGGGAGAGCCUCAUUAUAAAAUAGUUAAGAGAUCAUAUAAAGAACCUUUGACGACGUUUGACUACAAGAAGAAAGAACCGGUUUACGACAAAAUACCAGAAAAAGAAAGGUCUUUGGUAGAAAAUACUUCCGACAAAUCAAAAUUCCCUCGUCAAACUUCAAACGAAGAGAAGCCGGAGAAAGAACCUUUAUACGACACUAUCCCACACCAACCCAUCCUGACUUCUGCUACUAAGGACAGACCACGCCCUCCAACCACUAGACGCCACCCAUCUGUAAGCCCCUCCCAGUCAAUGAGUUUAAUAUCAGAGGAGGAGGAGGAGAGUGAGCACUCCUAUGUUAACAUUGGGGCAGACGGUAACGUGUUCCUGGAGGGAAGUGACUCCGAGGGAGAGGAAGAUGACAAGAAAGUUUUAUCACUUUCCGGAACUUCUGAUGGUUUUCGAUCAAGACCCAUAAAAGAACAAUGGGUGAUCAGUUUAAAGCAGAGAUCUGGUGUACUAAAGAUGGGUGGGUUCAUUCACAAAAGAUACAAUGAGCUGAAGGAGUUCAUGAAGAUGAUAGAAUACAACAACUUCAUGGCUGAACUAACUUGCAAUGAAACGAAGAACAGACCAGCUGGACCCUUGGCUCCAAGCCACAUGAGAGUGAAACUGCAAAGAGUAAUGGAGGACCUUGGGUCUGAUUACAUCAACGCAAAUUUUGUUGGUUCACCAUUAUAUCCAAAGUCUUACAUCAUAGCUCAAUGGCCAAUGGAAAACACAAUACCAACAUUUUGGAGGAUGAUUUGGGAGACCAAUGCCUCAGUGAUUGUGGUAUUAGGAGACGCUGAUGAUAAGAAUAACUUCUGGCCAGAGAAGGAAGACUAUCAGCUGCACCCAGCAGUGAUACUGGGAGAGUGGUAUACUGACUCUCUCUAUGUUAGGACUGAUAAGGUACAUCCUAACACCUCCGGCGUGGAGGGACUGUUUGAGGUAUCCAUGGUGAUACAUAGUUAUGAUGAUGAUGUCACUGAGCAACUGAACCUAAACCUCUAUACAUAUUAA